UUUUUUUUUACCUUCCAUGGCCCUUUGCACGCACGUGAGAGAAAAAUAGGUUCGGACCAGACCACCAUACAGCCGCUAUACCAGACAACAGAAGUAAAUGCAGCCGAGCUCAUAACAUCGUGGCCAUGGGAAAAACAAGACCGCCGGAGCGCAACAAGCGCAAGAAGUCCGCUCCAGAUGGAAAGUCCUCAAAAAGCCCAACCCAGUUGUUGGCCGAAGCCACGGCAUUGCUGGAGAUAUCAGAGCCACAGGAGGCGCUCCGCUUGGAACUCAAGGCGCUGAAGCAAUUGAGACAGACGGCCAAUGCUACGGAACGUCUCCCAGCUCUUACUCUGCUGGGUGAGACGAGCGUUGAACUUGGGGACAUUGACUCGGCACGAUCUUAUUUCCUGGAAGCGGCUCAAAUUGAUCAAGACGGAGAGAUCCCUGAGGAGCGAGGUGGCGGCCCAGAAAAAUUUUUCUGGCUUGCACAGCUAAGCGAAGAGGGCGGUCUCGACAGCGUCCGAUGGUAUUCGAGGGGAGCGGAUGUGCUACGUAAACAAAUCGCGUCCAAGAUCGCAGAGGCGGGGGACGACGAAGAUAUAGAAGAUGACCCGUCGCUUCACGAGAAGCGAGUCAAACUUGCGAAUGCACUAUGCGGAAUCGCAGAGGUCUAUAUGACCGAUCUGUCAUACGAUGACGCAGAGGCAGAACGGCAGUGCAACAGAGCGGUCGAGGAGGCACUAUCCGUAGCACCCGAUCAGCCGACGACGCUGCAAACGGCGGCGUCGGUGCGGAUAUCACAGCUUCGCAAGGACGAUGCGAGACAAUUACUGCGCGCCAGUCUGGACCUGUGGAAAGACCUAGACCCCGAGGAUCCUGACGUGCCCGACUACGCGACUCGCAUCAGCCUGUCCAGACUGUUGAUGGAGGCUGAGAUGGAAAAUGAAGCGAUCGAGGUUCUCGAGAGAUUGGUGAGGGAAGACGAUCAAAGUGUGGAGGCGUGGUACUUGGGCGGAUGGUGCUUGCAUCUUCUGGCAAAAAAGGAGAAAGCGGCGCCAACGCAGCCUGCAGCUGCUGACGGCGCGGACGAGGAAGAAGAGCUACUUAGGAGGUCUAGGGCGUGGCUCACCGAAAGCCUGAAACUGUAUCAGGCAAUUCAGUACGAAGACGAGCGAUUACGCGACCAUGCCAUGGAGUUGGUGCAGGGACUGAAUGAGAUUCUAGGCGAGCCCAACGAGGACGAGGGAGAGGACGAUGAUGAUGACUGGGAAGACGCUGAGGAUGACGAGGACGAAGAUGAGGAAAUGACAGAAAGCUGAGUGUAUUGCUGGGAAGGCAUGCGCUGAAUUAUGGCCAACGCCAGCUUUUGUUUGCGAUAGUAGGCGACAAAGGUAAAGUGCGGUGCAAGACUCUCAAUGGCGAGGUGUAUUCAUGCAGGAGGCGUUGGAACCUUUGGUUUGUUGUUUUAGAUUUGGUCGUCCUGUGCAGUAUGGCGUCGUACCGGAAGGGCGCCCACACGAAUCAAGUGGGAGAGAGUUAGAAAACCGCGACGUGAAUGCAAUGCUACUGGGUACAGACGAAGGUUUGAGAGGGCAAAACCGAAGGGAGAUGGACUGUUGCCUUUUUUUUUUGCGCCCGUAGCCUGCUGCCUAAGCAC